AUGCGCCAGAAAAACCGCAAGGAAGUUCCUAGACCGAUCUCAUCUGACGGUCGACGAGAACUAGGAAUGUUAGAAUUAUUUUGCGCUGGAUGUCGGAAAUGGUUUCACGGAAGGUGUCUCAGGGAUUUGAAAGAUCUCAUUUUUGCUGUACUUUAUUGUUGUCUCAGGUUCAAUUAUGGUUUGCCUUUUAUGGUGUGUUACGUCUUCAACUGUAGUGAAUGCAGCUCUACAAAGAAGGAGUCGUGGACUGCUAAACAAGCAAAUUUUGCGCACAUGUGCGUCACUGUUCUCGCAAACCUUACAUUUGGAGAACUCCAAAGAAGGGCUGGUACUGGAAAUGUGCCGAAUGAUCCACUGAGUGCUCCAAUCUACUUCAAUUUUGAGAAAGAGAUUAUUCCAUUUUUCAACUCACAAUGGGAAAAUUUAACAUCCAUGACACGAAGGGUGAAGAACACUUGGCAUCAAACAUUAUUGAAAACACUAGCUAAGGAAAAUGAGCUGUUUGAGUCAAGUGAAGACGGUCAGUCGUUUGCAUUGAAGGAAAGAGAUCUUUUGGCUAUUGGUCCUGUUCACGAAGCUUUAAAGCAGAUUGGUCGGAAUAAACCGUCAUCAACUUCAUCAACUCGGGACUUGCGUGAGAGCGUUGAAAACAGCGAUGAUCCAUUUGAAGGCCCUAAAACUCGCGGUUCAUCAAAAAGGCGUAACAUUGAUGGGGGAGUAACUGUAUCAAAAAAAUCGAAAAACUGUCAAGACUUGUUCACUUCAAAGGCUUCGAAGAUGAGUACUAUAGAGUUUCCGUUUAAUCGUGAUGGCUAUCGAUAUUAUUUAGUUACUAAGGAUGAAAGUGCUCCUUUCAAGGAGGUUGCUGAUGAACAGUCCUACACGGGAAAGCCUAUUCCUGCGCAUACGUAUAGGAUAGUGACACAUCCUUACGUUACACUUUCGCCGAAUGACAGGGCUCAUGAACUAAAACUGUCUGAUGACAGGUUGACUGUGACCGGAUUUGAGGGCUACCGUGUGGCUCGAGCCACGCAUUCUGUCUCACAUGGAAGUUGGCAUUACGAAGUAACUUUUGUGUCUCAACCUGAGGACUCUCAUAUUAGGAUAGGAUGGAGCCAGGCUUUAUCACCAGUCCAGGCUUGUGCUGGAUAUACGCAAUUCUCGUAUGCAUGGAGAAGUUUACAUGGUACACGUUUUCAUGAAGGGAAGGGGAAGCGGUAUCAUGUCACUGGAUUUAAAGAGGGUGAUGUACUUGGUUGCUUGAUAUCAUUCCCUUUGACUCCAGCCGAUAAGAAUUUCAAUUUUUCUGAUUGUUCGGCUCUCCCUUCGUCUUCGUCUUAUUUGCCUUGUUCUCACAAAGACCUCCCGUUAAUCCAUUACAAACACAAUUACUUUUACGAAGAAAAAGAUGAUGCUAGAGAAGCUGCCAAGAACUUAAUGCCUUUACCAGGCAGUUAUAUUGAGUUCUUCAAAAAUGGUGUAAGUUGCGGUGUCGCAUUUCGUGAUGUCUAUGCCGGGUUUUAUUUUCCUGCUAUUUCUUUAUAUCAUAAUGCAACUGUUCGAUGUAAUUUUGGCCCUCGCUUGAAGUACCCUGUGCCCGGUGCAAAGCCUAUGAGCGACUGUGUUCUGGAACAGGAAAUUGAAAGGGUUGUUUCUGACUUGUUGUACCACGUUGACAAUGAAGAAAAAAUCAUUGAGGAAGUAAAUAGUUACAGGGCUUUGUCGUGA